AUGGCUCUUCCGCCAGAGCAGAUCAAUAUCAAGCGGCGGCGUGAGGAAGAACCCGUCGAGACAUUGUACAUCCAAUCCGCCCUCCACCAAACGAAGCGCCGUUUCACGGACUUCGUCUUCCAAAGAGUUCCACUGAAAGCCAGUGAUCUGGACAAUGAGAAUGAGAAUGGCAAUGGCAAUGCCUCAGCAUCACCACACCCAGCAGCACAGCGACUCCUCCGCAGCCCACGCUCCGUGAGCAGUCUGCAUGUGAACAGACGAGCCAAUGCAACUCCCCAACCAAUCUCAUCAUUAGCAUCAUCAUCAUCCAGCGGCGUCCCAACAGUCCGGGCUACGUCUCCAGGCGCAGAAAUACGCGACGCCCAGCGCCGAGCCGCAGCGCAGAAAGACGCUGAUGAGAAACGCAAGCGUACUCUACGCCCAGACUCGCUUUCAAAUGUUCAACACACGUCUUCAACCGCGCCUACGUCCCCAUCACCCAGCAACGCGGCGGCAGCAGCAGCUAUCCUCCCCCGGGUUUCGCGCUCAGCGCCAGGCUCGGGCCAUGUCUCAACAGAGACAAGCGGCGCCGCAACACCCUCAAGCCGCGCAGUCUCUGUACGCAGAUUCCAGAUCUCGAGAACUAGUUCUCCGGCCCUGGGACUCCGGGGUGCGGGCGGUGUUCAAAAACGGCGUACCGAGGGCUCACCUGGUGUCGCCGUUCUCGUUGAGCAGUUACAGCGGACCCAGCAUUCGCGAAAGGCAUCCAUGGUUGCAAAUUUAGUCGGAGAAUCGCAGACCCAGGCUCAAUUCAACGAUAAGGGAAUCGUGGUUGAUAAUGCUCUCGAAGACUCAGUAGCAGCAGCGCCAAUCAAGCCGCGCAAAAGACCAGUCGUGAAUUCAGCCGAGAAGAAAUGGCGCGAAGAACGAAAAACGGCCGUUUCCGCGGCCAAAUCCCAUCUCGAGGAGACGUUGGAGAAAUCUGCCCGGGCCAAGUCUGCUCAGUCCUGGGAUGAGGAGUCAGAGCGGUUGGCGCGGGAAUUUGAAAAAGUUGCGCUGGAGUUGGAGAAUGAUAUGGAGAUUGACGAUGGUUCUCACGAGGAUGAUUCUCGCGUUGGCGCUGGAGCUGGAGCUCACCCCCACGCUAGUCCUGCUCGUGUUCCUGCGCCCAAACCUGAUUAUUCUCGUUUUGCUUCGCCCGCGCCCUCUUCGACUAAAUACCAGCCGCGGUUGCCGAAGGAAUCUCGCAUUACGGCGGCACAAGCACAAGCACCAGCACAGUCUACGGAGAAAGAUACGGCAGAUACCUCUGCCGGUGCGAAUGACGAUUCCCAGGCCGUGGACGACAAUGAUGAUGAUUACGUCUAUGAUGUGUAUAUCCGGCGACCACUGGCCGAGACAGAUAUGCUUACGAACCCAUUGGCUGAACUCGAGUCUGAUCAGCAGUUGAAGAAUCUCGAGGCUUCCCGCGCCGGUGUCGGUGUUAUUGUCAUUACGGCUGAGGAUGAGGAGUAUUGGGAGAAUUUUAUCGAGGAUGAUGAGGAGGAAUGGGAUAGUGAGGAUGCUGAUUCGAACGCCGAGAAUAAUCCAGCCAAUGAUUACCCAGAGGAGGAACUGUCAUCGUCAGACGAGGACGAUGAUCCGUCCGCAAUUUACAGCAAAUACCGACGCCACGGCGUGUCUGACGACGAGGAAUUCGACAUUGACGACUCUGGAAGUGAGAGCGGCGCCCGGUUCAAUUCUGCCUUUGGUGGCUAUCGGCAGCGCUAUGGCGGACACGUGGAUUCCGAUGACGAGAGUGAUUGA